AUGGAGGAAUACCGGCGACCCCGAGUACACAAGGCAUGUGACGCUUGCGGGCGAAGGAAAGUGCGCUGUAAUGGUCAGCAACGGUGCCAACAAUGCGAGCACUUGGGCCUAGUUUGCACGUAUACCGAUAACCGGCUCGCGCGGUCAAGGAAACAUGCGCUGCGUCGAGGAGAGAUUAUCUCGAAACAUAAAACGGAGUCGUCGUCAAACCCACUUCUCGCUCCUGCUUUAUCAUCAGACUCAACCCCGUACUUUGAAAGCCUGGUCUCGGAAUACAUGCGUUUCGUAUACCCAUUCAAUCCCAUCAUGACCGCCGACGAGGUGCAAGAUGCAAUCAGCAAAAUGAACUCUGACAGAGAAAAUGCGGCAUUUGUAUACGCGUUUGCUGCGGCGACUAUUGACCUGACGCAAUCCAAUCGCCCCACGUCGAGCGCCUCGACCCAGCUCACCCAGCUCAUCAACCAAUCCAUCGAAAUCCAACCGCCAAUGUUUCUUGGAUUCCGGCCGUCCAUCCUGCGCACAAUGACGAAUAUUUUUAUUCAGAUGUGCUUCAUGAGCCUUGGUCAGUACGACCUAGGCUUUAUAUAUUUGCGUGAGGCCAUCGCCAUGAUCCACCUGCUGCGGAUUGAGGACAAGACCGUUCUCGGAAGUCUGCAUCCUACCGAACGAGCCCGACGCCAACGCUGGAUCCAAGUCAUCAAGACCUUCCUUAUCCUCGAGCCAACCUUCAUCAACCUCUGGAUCGGCGAUAGAAGCCAAGUCUCAGCGAAGUGGGUCGAGCAAAAGCAUCGCGAGCUAGACGACGCCCGCUGGGAGCUCGAAGUCUCAAUGCUGUCUGAGACGCAGCAAGCAGAUCUCGUCAUCACCAGACAAUGGAUGCGUACUCUUCUCUGGCAGAUGGCCAUGUCCAACUGGCUUUUGUCCUCUCGUCCUCUCUGUCCGUCCCUGUCCUUGGAACUCCCGCUCCGACUCUCCAGCCAACUGAGACAAUUUCUGACUAAGAUCUCGCAAAAUACGAUCCGCGUGCACGGAUCUUCGAUCCUCACCAAGCUGGUGGAGAUUAUUAAUAUUAUCGCAGACGUGGUUAUCCAUCUCCCGCAGGCGUCACUGGAGCUCACGACUAGUCGUAUUGGGGAUAUCGUCUUUAUGAAGAGUGUGGUGUUUUCGUUUCAUAAUUUGCAGCAGGUGUCCAAGGAUAUUCUUAUUGAGAAGUUCGGUUUGAUUAGGGAUCGGUUUCCGGGGAUUGAGGCUGCUUGUGAGUUGACUGUUUAG